CGGCAACCGCUGGGCAUGUCCGAGCAAGUUGGGAAGCCUCGGGGAACAUCUGUUUAUAGAGAAACAAUAACAUUCAAAAUGGCGGCGGGCAGUGUAGACCUGACUGAAGAGGACGCAGCCGACCUGCAGUUUCCCAAGGAGUUUGAGAACGCAGAGACGCUGCUGAUCAGUGAGGUUCAUAUGCUGAUUGCGCAUCGCAAGCAACAGAACGAGAGUGCCGAGGAGGAGCAGGGCUUCUCCAACGUCUUCCAGAAGACUGACACCUACACCGAACGAUUCCGCAAGUUCAAAAAUAAGGAAACGAUAGCGGCCGUUCGGAACCUGCUGACCCAGAAGAAGUUGCACAAAUUCGAGCUGGCGUCGAUUGCGAAUCUGUGUCCGGAGACCCCCGAGGAGGCCAAGGCGCUCAUCCCCAGUCUGGAGGGCCGAUUCGAGGAUGAGGAACUCAGGCAGAUACUGGAGGAUAUCCAGACCAAGAGAAGUCUACAGUAUUGAGCGAGUCUCCAAGAAGCCAGAACCCACCCGGUAAGUCAUGUUUCCUCAAGCCCUUCCCUUACUAUUUCUGAUAUGGUGUAUGGAAACAGCAGCUGUCAAGGUGUUCUCAGGAGUAAUUCUUCAACCAAUUCCUCACGUACACGCUUAUGAAGCUUCUGUGCCUAUCAGCUACAAGACGAACUUUCCAAUGGCGCAGAUGACUCUUCUCCAAGCGGACAAAGUAUUCCAACCCAGAUGCCCACUACACUCUGAUUGCUCGAUCGAAAAAGUUAUUGAGCAAUUAUACAACUCAAUAAACGAAAUCAUCAAACAUGAUCACCAGAAAACCUCGAAAAUGAGUCGUACUACUCGGUCGAUCGACGCAAUAGGAGACUUCCUACACUUCUGCUGCGGCACAGCGACAGACGGAGAGCUCCAUGGACUCGAAUUCAACGAGCAGCAUAUCACAGACCACCUGAAUGCUUUCCAAAGUCUCGUGAAAGACGACCAUCAAGAUCUAAUCAAAGUGACGGGAGAAUUAAACCUCUUCACUAACAACAUCUCUAAUCAGUUCCAUGCAGCCUACAAACUUUUCAAAAAAUCACAAGUAGCAGCAGAUGAAGAACUCUACACUCAAAUGAUUGCAUACGCUUUUCACAUAUACUCACAUCUAUACCUCAUUGCCAGACGAAACUUCAUCACAUCAAUAAAAGAAACCUGCCAACAAAAAUUAAUACCAGCAAACGUCAUCAAACCAGAAUUGUUAUUGAAGGAUCUCUCUCAGCUACAAGAGAAGAUGAAUUCAACAACAAAUCAACAGUUGGCGGUUGAUCUCAAAAAUUAUCAGCAGCUAUAUCAACUUCCAAUAACAACAUGCCGAGUCACAGAAGAAGACGUUACAAUCACGGUGAAGAUUCCAAUUGUCACGAAAGCAUCGAACUUCACUUUAUUCAAGUACAUUCCCACCCCACUCAGCUGGAAAAACCAAUCGUGUUGGCUGCCAAGAGAAGACAUGAUCAUUGCGAAAAGCGGAAACACCAUUCAAGUUUUGGCCGGAAAACAACUAGAGCUUUGCCAAGUACCCAAAACAAAGCUCUGCUAUCUACCUAGACAGCAGCAUUCAGGAGAAUUAUCAUCAAAAUGUACGGAGCAUCUCGUUAUGUCAUCAACGUUACAACAACUACAAGAAUUUUGCGUUUUCACCUGUACAAGCAACACGGAUGCCGUCCAAAUUCUAGAAAUGUCACCUACGGUAUUCUAUGUCACCAACAUUCAACCAGGGACAUCAAUUAAAUGUGAAGGAGGAGAAGAACAACUAUUAUCGACUACUCUUCCAGGAACAAUUCAAACAUCUAUCCCGUGCAACUGUGAGCUACAGGAGAAGAACAAAACACUUAUCAGAAAGACAUUUCCUUGUGACUCCCGUGCUCCUCUAAUUCCAAAUAUUCAACACUUCUUACCUUUACACUGGCUAAAUAUUAAAUCAUUAAAAGUAGAUUCUUUUCAACCACAUAGAAAUCCUCAUUUUGAUAAUUUUACUGAUAUUUUGAAAGAUGACUGGAAUGUAACAAUACCAACAUUGUUUAUUCAUA